GCUGUUCUGAGGCUGUGACCUGUCCUGGAGUUUACCUGCUGGAGAGCAGAUGCCUCAUGGACACAGGGUACUCAUGCAUUCAUUAUUGCCUCUCCAGUGCUACCUAAGUACACACUCAGCACAGAAAGAUAAAUGACGUUUCAUGGGACAAAUACUCAGCAGGUAUCGGAACCAGAAGGAAUGGACGCCUACCCAACAAGCCUCAUGGAGGCUGUGACAUUUGGCGAUGUGGCUGUGCACUUCUCUCGGGAGGAGUGGCAGUGUUUGGAUUCUGGCCAGAGGGCGCUCUACAGGGAAGUGAUGCUGGAGAACCACAGCAGUGUGGCUGGGCUAGGUAAGGCUGCACUGUGUGACUCCCAGCCACCCUGCCAGGCUUCCCUUAGAAGCAAGGAAUGUGGACGCAUCGCAGUUCCAAGUCAGCCCAGUCAGAAAGACUCUGCCAGUAGGACUGAUGGUGAACAGGCCUGUGCAGACAUGAGCAUUCUCAAACCACAAAGUCCUGGCUGUGGGGACUCUUCCAGUUCUGAGGUCUGGUUAGGGAGUCAUCCAUGCAGCCAUAGGCUGAGAGUGAAGGGCUGCCUCUCCCAGAGGCACUGUUUACCUAAGGAGACUGUGGCUUCAAAGACCCUUCUGAGUUAUCAGCUUAAUGAACAACAGAGAGACAGUGUGGAAGGGACACCACAGAGAUGUGAAGUGUGUGGCAGAUGUUUCAGACCUACUUCAGAUCCGGCUUCACAGUGGGAAGUAGCCAUGCAGCAGAAACCUAACAGAUGUCAAGGAUGCUACGAGAGAUUAUCUGACUGCCUACAGAGUAACUAUUCAAGUAACUUCAAUGGGGAGAAGCCGUAUGAGUGUGAGGAUUGUGGGAAAGUCUUCAGGCUGUGCUCCCAGCUCAGUCAGCAUCAGAGAAUACACACUGGAGAGAAACCAUUUAAAUGUGUUGAGUGUGGAAAAGCCUUCCGCCUAAGCUCAAAACUUAUUCAGCAUCAAAGAAUUCAUACUGGAGAGAAGCCCUACAGGUGUGAAGAAUGUGGGAAAGCCUUUGGGCAGAGCUCAAGCCUCAUCCAUCACCAGAGAAUUCACACUGGAGAGAGGCCGUACAGUUGUCGAGACUGUGGGAAAGCCUUCAGCCAGCAGUCACAGCUGGUUCGACACCAGAGAAUUCACACUGGAGAGAGACCUUACCCGUGCCAAGAGUGUGGCAAAGCCUUUAGCCAGAGCUCAACUCUCACCCAGCAUCAGAGGAUGCAUGCUGGAGAGAAAUUGCAAAUAACAAGCGAUUCAGAAAGUCCAGGCUUUCUUGCACAUCAGAGAAGUCAUGUGGAGAAGCCUUUCAAGUGUGAGGAGUGUGGGAAAGCUUUCAGGUGGAUCUCCCGCCUGAGUCAGCAUCAACUGAUUCACACUGGAGAGAAACCUUAUAAAUGCAACAAGUGCACAAAGGCUUUUGGUUGUAGCUCAAGGCUGAUUCGCCACCAGAGAACUCACACUGGAGAAAAACCAUUUAAGUGUGAUGAGUGUGGGAAAGGCUUUGUCCAGGGCUCACACCUUAUUCAACAUCAGCGAAUUCACACUGGAGAGAAACCGUAUGUGUGCAGUGACUGUGGGAAAGCCUUCAGCCAGAGUUCCAGCCUCAUUUACCAUCAGAGGAUCCAUAAAGGAGAGAAGCCAUAUGAAUGCCUCCAAUGUGGAAAAGCUUUCAGUAUGAGCACACAGCUCACUAUCCACCAGAGGGUUCACACUGGGGAGAGACCUUACAAGUGUAGUGAAUGUGGGAAAGCCUUUAGUCAAAACUCAACUCUUUUCCAACACCAGAUCAUUCAUGCUGGAGUGAAGCCCUAUGAGUGUAGUGAAUGUGGAAAGGCUUUUAGCCGAAGCUCAUACCUCAUUGAACACCAGAGAAUCCACACUAGAGCCCAGUGGUACUAUGAAUUUGGGAACACUCUUGAAGGGUCCACCUUUGUGAGCCGUAAAAAAGUCAACACUGUAAAGAAAGUGCACCAAUGUGAUGACUGUGAGAAAAUCUUCAGGUGGCGUUCACAUCUCAUUAUACAUCAGAGAAUUCACACUGGAGAGAAGCCUUACAAAUGUAAUGACUGUGGCAAAGCUUUCAAUCGGAGCUCCAGGCUUACUCAGCACCAGAAAAUUCACAUGGAAUAAACCAUUCACCUAUAUCAAUAUAAGUCUACAGCCUUAAUAUUUUAUAUGAGAUCAUUUAUAAGAACUAAGAAUGGCUGGGCACCAGUGACUCAUGUCUAUAAUCCCAGCUACUCAGGCUGAGAUCUGA